GUCAGCGUCCCGAUGUGUUCAUUUUUAUUGGUUUUGAUGGUGAUUUGAUGUCAUCAGGGAUUCAGGUCUCACGUUCGUCCCUGCGAUCAUCUGAAUAGCACUGGUGACGGGGAAGGGAAAGAGCAGAGACAGGCACCCAUAGGCAGCCUGGAUCGGACCGUAUAAAUCUGGGAGGAGGGAGGGGGCCGGACAGCCCGGCCUUCCCAGCUGGCACACGAGGCUGAGUGGAAGCCAGCGACAGGCAGUGGAGCGGGAGGCGUUGUGCCUUCACCCCAAGUGACCAUGAGAGGGGCCAUGCGAGUCUCAAUCAUGUUCCUUCUGGUGACUGUGUCAGACUGUGCCGUGAUCACAGGGGCCUGUGAGCGGGAUGUGCAGUGUGGGACGGGCACCUGCUGCGCCAUCAGCCUGUGGCUGCGUGGGCUUCGGAUGUGCACCCCGCUGGGGCGGGAAGGAGAGGAGUGUCACCCGGGCAGCCGAAAGGUCCCCUUCUUCAGAAAACGCCAGCACCACACCUGCCCCUGCCUGCCCAACCUGCUGUGCUCCAGGUGCCCGGACGGCAGGUACCGCUGCUCCACGGACUUGAAAAACAUCAACUUUUAGGAGCCUGGCUGUUGUCGGCACACACGCUGGGCCUCUGCAUGAGAACAGCCUGGGGCGGGGGGGGGGGGGGGGCUCUUAUGGAUUUUGAUUUCUGCCACGUGGCCCAGCUCCCCCACCGCCCCGUCCCCAGGCCCCAAGCUGCUUCCCCCCAUCCCUGCUUCCUAGCCCACAUCUGUGCAUUCAUGCAGACACCCGCACAUGGUCCGCCAGGCUGGCCUGAGGUUGUCCCAGCCGAGGGCCGUGGUCCUGGCAACAGCUGUUCCGGCUGGCUGAGGGGUUGUAUGUGAUCGGAAGGACACUGUUUUCCCUUAGCUCCUGCCUCACUCACCUGUCUGCUCCUUAGAGGUGACUUGUCCUCCUCCCCGGGCCCAUCUGUCCCUCCUCCCGCAUGUGCUCUCUGCCUGAACCUGCACAUCCCCUUGGGUGCGCUGCUCUGCGUCUCUGGCCUGAGCCUCAGGCCCUUUCUGUGAGGCCUGUGACUGUCAACCCGAGAGUCGGUCAUCUUCCUUUGACUGACCAACCCCUCGGUCGUAGGCCACGGGCCCAAGGUCAGCCCUUCCCGGGGCGCAGUAGGCGGUGACCUCAUGGCAGGCACAGGGAGCCACCAGGCCAGUGCUGCAUGGCCUCCGAACCCCUCCCAGCACGCCUUACCAGUUAAGCAGGGAAGCCCCCAAUUCCCACUACCUCGCUCUAAAAUGCAAGUGGCGGCCGCCGUUUGAUCUUAUCAGCUAUUGACGUUUUAGGAGGCAAUUAGGGAGUAACCUCAAACAGCUCCUUCCCAAGGAUCGGUCCCUGGGAGCAUGUCUGUGACCUUGAGGACCAAGGGCUUCUGCCCAGCUGGGGGGGGGUGGGGGUGGGGGUGGGGGUGUCAGGUGGGAGGGGAGGCAGCAGGCAGGGACACCGACUUUGGAUACAGGCGUGCAACCACCACCUCGGGCCCAGGCUGCACAGGCACCACACCCAGAGACAGCGUCUUCUCCAGACAGUGAGGGCUUCCUGAAGUUCAAAGCUGUCUGUCUGGGAGUUGUGUCACUGGCCUCCGUUGUCAUCUAAAACACAGUUUCUCUAAGCCCCUCGCAUCUGGACCCUGCCCCAGGCCCACCCAGGACAGCGUGGUGAUGCCCGAGGCUGCAGAAUAAAAGCAUGAACAAGGGGCGA